UCCAUUGACCACAGAAACAGAGUAAAUGAAAGUAAAUUAUACAUGAGAAAGUUGAGCAAUUUGUCUACAAUACGAAAAGCAGCAACCGCAUUUGGCACAGUAAUCUUAAUCAUAUCCUCCUAGAGAUUACCACCUUGUGUCCUAAAGCGCAACAUUAUAGAGACAGAGUCAAGUCUCCAAGAAUAAACAACAAAUUUAGAAACCAAAAAAAAAAACUCUGAAGCUACCAUUUGCAAAGACAAGGUCACAACACCUUGUGUGUCUCUUCAAAUGCGGUCUAGAAAAUAUUAUAAAAACCUUGUGAACAUCAGUCUAAUUAACCUUUCCUUAAGAUUAUUAACUAUCCUUGCCACUAAAUACCAACAUGCCUUUUGCUGACCUAUGAGAAAGAAUUAUAACAACCUUAUGACCAGCAUCCACACAAUGAAAAUCAUCCUUUAAAAAUGUUAUUUGUUAAGGUAGAGAGAUUAGACUUUUUCACAGCACAAUGAAAUGGUCUAAGCUGGUCAAGAAGAUUCUAAUGCAACGUUGGUUGAUGCAUGUAUGUAUAUGAGGGAAUUUAGUUCAGAGGCAUCUUAAACUAAAUUUGUCUCCUAUGAUAGGCCUUUUAAUUUGUAUCAAAUGCUGAUAUCUACUACAACUUUUCUUUUGCUAAUCCAGCUCAUGGGAAGAGAGACACUUACUCUUUGUUCGUGUCCCAUAUGGUAUUAGACACACAAUAAGGAGACACAAAGUGGAAGUUGGAUGAACGUCUAGGAAGCUAGAGAAAGAAUGUCAUUUGUAAGUUUCAACUUGUUAGCUAUCUCAAAACUAACUUUCACUUUCAUUAUCCUCAACAAACUCGCACGUCACUUGGUUCAAUCUCUACAGCUUCCUUUAUCCCCAAAGUUGUAUCUCUAACAACUUCACCACAUUUUCCCCAAUUUUAAUCCCACAAAUUGCUUAUGCAGCAGAAGCCCUGGAAUAAAAACAACAAAAAAGAGUUACAGAUGGAAUGCAAAUUCUCGGAUAAAAGGUAUAAUUGAUACCGGAGUCUCUAGUUUGGGAGAUUUUUCUAUCAAAUUGGAUAGCAAUUUCCAAUAUUCUUCCUUAUCAAUUUUCAAAAUGCCGAGUAUUCAAGUUCUAUAAGAAAGCAAAUUUAACAUGAGUACUACGUCAACAAUCAAAGCAUGCACACAUUGCAAGUUUGCAACACAUAUAUAUAGCAUCAAACAAGAUAAAGCAAAAAAGGAAAGAGUUUUUUUUUUUGGAAACUAAAAGAGGAAAGAGAGAAGAGAGGUAGAGAGGCUCAGGAGAUUGCAUAUCUUACAUUAUGAUUUCUCAUAAGUUUUCUCUUCAUUAUCGAACACCUCUAUAGGCGUCUGAAAGCAAGAUCGAGAGGUGCUUCUAGAAGGUGACUCCAUAUUUCCUUUUUUCAAUAUAUAAUACUAGGGUUUCUUUUUCCUUUCUUGCUAGUCUCUACGUAACUCGACUCUCUAGAGGGUUUAUAAAUAUUAACAAGAUACACAAAGAACGAAAACCAUCAACAUUAAUCAGAGCGACUCGAUCACGAAAACAUGCGACGUUACAGAAAGAAACCAAAGAUCGAUCAGCCCAAACCCGAUACGAAAUUCAUCAAGUCUCUAGGAAAGGGUACGUACGGCUCCGUCGAUCUCUUCAGCUACACAAAAGACGACGGCACAACGUUCCACAACGCCGUCAAGACCUCAGACUCCGAAGAUUACAACUCCAUCGAGAGAGAGUUUCGUGUCCUCACCGAACUCAGAGGAUGUCAAGGAGUCGUGCAAUCUUUUGGUAACUCUCUGAUUCAAGAAACCGAUUCCAACGGAAAGAAAGUCUACAAGAUGGCCAUAGAGUACGCAGCUGGUGGUAACCUAACAGACUACAUCCGCGUAAACCGAAGAUUAUCGGAUCCGGUUAUCAAAGACUUCACUCGGAUGAUUCUACAAGGGUUGGCUUCGGUUCAUGAUCACGGUUAUGUUCAUUGCGAUCUUAAACUGGCGAAUCUCCUUCUCUUCCCACGUUACGAUCAAGAAACAUGGUAUUGCUCGUACGAGUUAAAGAUUUCGGAUUUUGGAUUGACGGUUAAGGCAGGAGAUGAGUCAGUUUGUUGGGAAGCUAGUUCUCCUUUUGUCGGAACGCCUCUAUACAUGUCUCCAGAGUCGGUACGUGACGGUACCACCGUUGAGAAAACCCUAGAUUUGUGGUCGUUGGGUUGCGUGGUUUUGGAGAUGUAUAACGGUAAGCAUCCAUGGUUAGGGGUUUGUGUUGAUGAUAUAAAGUCUCGUUUAUUGGGUGGAAACGCACCGGAGAUUACAGAGAGUGUUCCUUGUGACGCACGGUUGUUUAUGGAGAAGUGUUUCGCAAGGGAACAUGGAGAGAGAGGAAGCGCUUCGGAGUUGUUGUUGCAUCCGUUUUUGAACGGAGAGAGGAAGGUGACUGAUGAAGCCGCCGGUGGAGUGAGGAGGAGGGUAGGGUUGAGAAUCAGAAAACCUCCGUCGAGGUUUGAAGAUAUUACAACACAUGGGCCGAAACAAAAGGCCCGUUUAAGAAAAGGCCCGUUAUAAAGCUUAUGGGUAAAAUCACCAAAGGAAUCACUUUGUUUCGGCUGACAUUAUAAGCUUAUCAGUAACCAGUGUAUAUUUUAUAUCAACAAAAGUUGACAUGAACUUGUGUAUACCAGACUCAUUUUCCACGCACGAGGCUUGUAAUAUUAAAAAAAAUAGUAUAAAA